AUGAGCGACUUCGGUUCCGAAGUUCGUAUGGAUGCCAUACAUGAUGUUCUUCGAAAGAUCCUCGAUACGGGUGCACAUUCCGACUUCGUUCUAGCUGUUGGCGAAAAAGAGUGGAAAGUGCACAAGAUCGUGCUAAUGAUGCACUCCGAUAUGCUGUACAAAAUGAGCACCAACGAACGUUUUGUUGAAAGCCAGUCCGGUCGCGCAGUGCUCAAAGAGGUUGAGGUCGACCAGAUCGGCGCUCUGGUGGAAUUCAUGUACCACGGCCGAUACUGCGGCCCAGGAGGCAGGGAAGGAAUAGUGGAAUACACAAAGUUCCAUCUGAGCAUGAUUGCUUUGGCAGACAGGUACAUGAUGCCUACGCUCAGGGCGUUCGCACUUGCUGUCAUCAGUUGUGAGAUCGUCAAAAGCAAUGUCAUCGAAAGGGCAAGACAACUUUACAACAACCCCGAGACUCCGCUAGAAAUUCGUCGCGAGAUCGUGCGGCUCAUCUCGCACAAUCUGGACGAGUUGCAUGGGGAGCGCCUUGAUGCGCUCCUGGAUGAGAUGCCGCAUCUGGCUAUCAACGUCCUCAAGGCUCACAGUCGGUGGAAAUGCCUCCCAGGGUACUAA